AUGCUUCGAGUUAUCAAGAUAUCCUUGGUUGUCAUAUGGCUUGUUGUUGCUAAUUUUGUAGGUAUGAUUGUGGACAUGGUCCGCUCGUGGUUCUCUAGCAUUUUCACAUUCACACCAGACCGGGACGAAAUGCUCGCCCGGCUCAGCGAGGCAAAGACAUUCGAGGAGUGGCAAGGUAUAGCCGGGAACCUUGAUGUUCUCAGCGGCAACGAUUUGUGGCGACAAAAUCCUAUGAGCAAAGUGUAUGACUAUAAGUUGAUUGCCAGCCGGUUCCGUCACCUUAUCGCCUCGCGCAAAAGCGGCAACUACGAACAAGUUGCGGAGCUUGUGCGGUCCGGCUCUUUACGCAACCUUGCAAGUAUUUGUGAAAUUGACUUGUACAACUGCGCCUAUGCUGGCACAAAAUAUCUCAUCGAGGACUACAUCACCGAGGUAAUCCAUUGCCUGCAGGACUUGGCUGAUGCUUCGUUUGAACGCUCAAGCUCAUGGGACCACCAGCGCCGCCUGGACUACUUCCACGAUACAAAACGCUCUUAUGGAACUACCUCGUUAGUACUUCACGGUGGCUCCUUGUUUGGCCUGUGUCAUUUGGGUACUGUGAAAGCACUUCUUUCGGCUGGGUUGCUACCCAACGUUAUUACAGGCGCCACAGUUGGUGCCAUUGUUGCUGCCUUCGUUUGCAGUGUACCAGCCGAAGAAUUGCUGGAUACGAUCAAAAAUUUAACGGAUGAGUUGCCUGCCAUCCCGUCUGACUAUGGAAAAUCACGGUUCGGGAGUGUCGUCGAGGCUGUCAUCAGGUCUCGAUACCCGCCUGAGGUGUUGCUUUUCGAACAGUGUGUCUACGAUAAACUUGGAGACAUGACGUUCGAAGAUGCCUUUAGAAUCUCUGGGCGGGCCCUGAAUAUCGUCGUCAUGUCGACGGACCAGUCCAUUCAUCCCGAUAAGGGGCCCCAGCGACUACUCAAUUACUUGACAACUCCGAAAGUGAUCAUUCGAACAGCAGUAAGAGCUAGCAUUGGUACCAACAUUUUGCGUCGUACAGAAAACGUUCAAAUCAUGGCCAAGGAUUAUAAUGGCGACACAAUCCCAUUCCUCUAUCGCAAGCUGCACUACAUGCCCGCGAAUAGUGCCACCCACACAAGUCCACGAGACUCGCCCUACAACCGACUAUCAGAACUAUUCAACGUCAACAACUAUAUUGUAUCAGUGACACGGCCGUACUUUGCUCCCGUGCUGUUGUCAGACUUCAAACACAGAGGAGAGUCACGAUGGCUACACCCUGCUAUUCGCUUGGGGCGCACGAUCGUUCAGUACCGCGUGGCCCAGAUGGCCGAACUUGGACUUUUCCCGCAGUCUAUGAGAUCGCUUUUUCUCGACGAAAAUAUUCCUGGUGGGUUUCAGGUCAAUGUGGUGCCAGAGCAGGGCUCAAUUUUACAAAACUACGCCAUGCUUGUAGAUUCACAAAACCUCAAGGGCAAAGUUGAACACUGGAUCAGAAUCGGCGAACAGAGUGUCUGGCCGAUGAUUGCAGUAAUUUGGUCGAGAACUGCUAUCGAGCACACUCUUGACAGUAUUUAUACCAGUCUUGUUAAUGGCGAGCGUUAG